UCUCUCAGCUUUACAUUGUUGACUUUGACUAAAUUAGGCAAAUAUUCCCCAUCCAAAUUAUUUUUUAACAAUUAAAAAGGAAAAAAAAAACGCGUUGAAACGUCAAACUCCGGUCUGAAGGUACAGCUACGGAUUUCCGCCUUCAGUCUCUCUCUUCACUCCUUAUAUACUUUCAUUUAAAUCCCAUUUCCCAUUACUAAAUUCCCUGACUUCCCCUUCGCCGGACCGCCAUGCCCUCCGCGCUUGUCGUCGCCCUCCUCCUCCUCGCCGUCUCCGCGGCCGCCAAUGCCGCGAAUUUCAGAGAAGCCCCCCAAUUUUACAAUUCCCCAGAUUGCCCCUCCAUUGCUGACGACCUCCAGGACCCCGAUGCGAACGAACAACAUCUCUGCUUCGAUCGCGCCGUCCAUGUCGCGAUGACGUUGGAUACCGCCUAUAUACGUGGCUCCAUGGCCGCCGUUCUUUCCGUCCUCCAACACAGCUCUUGUCCCCAAAACGUAAUUUUCCACUUCGUCUAUUCCGCAUCCGCCAACGUGUCGUCUCUACGCGCCGUCGUCUCCCGCUCAUUCCCUUACCUGAAAUUCCAACUCUACCCUUUCGACGAGGAGGCGGCAUCGCGAUUGAUCUCCACGUCAAUCCGAUCCGCGUUGGACUGUCCGUUGAACUACGCACGUAGCUACUUGGGCAGCCUCCUUCCCACGUGCGUCGGCCGGGUCGUGUACCUUGACUCGGAUCUAAUCCUAGUCGACGACAUUGCCAAACUCGCCGCCCACCCACUCAGCGGGGACUCGGUCCUUGCCGCGCCGGAGUACUGCAACGCCAAUUUCACCACCUAUUUCACGCCAUCGUUUUGGUCCAACCCGUCUCUGUCUUUGACGUUUGCGAACCGGAAAGCGUGUUACUUCAACACGGGGGUUAUGGUGAUCGAUCUGGACCGGUGGCGGGCCGGCGAUUACACGGCGAAGAUCGAGGAUUGGAUGGAAUUGCAAAAGAGGAUGAGAAUCUACGAAUUGGGGUCGUUGCCGCCGUUUUUGUUGGUGUUCAGCGGGAGGAUUACUCCAGUGGAGCACCGGUGGAACCAGCACGGGCUGGGCGGCGAUAAUAUCAGAGGGGUCUGCAGGAAUCUGCACCCUGGUCCAGUAAGUUUGUUGCACUGGAGUGGGAAAGGUAAACCGUGGGAUCGAUUGGACGCGAACCGGCCCUGCCCUGUGGACGCCCUUUGGGCUCCAUAUGAUUUGUUACAGACCCCAUUUUCGAUUGAUUCUUAAGCUCCAGAAAUUGAUUGUUUCAUUUUUUUUUUUUUUUUUUUACAUAGAGAG